AACGAAAAGAAGCAUAACAUACAAAUCCAUUUUGGGAGACACUGUAACUUUACGCAUUUACAGAAAACACUGAGAUACCUUCUUGGAGUUGUGAAGCCAACGUUCCACAAACUCUGCAAUCAUGGUUCUCGAGGCGACUAUGAUCUGCGUCGACAAUUCAGAAUGGAUGCGGAACGGCGAUUACUCUCCGUCCAGAUUACAAGCUCAAGCUGACGCUAUUAAUCUCAUUUGUGGUGCCAAAACCCAGGCCAAUCCGGAGAAUACAGUCGGGGUAUUAACAAUGGCGGGCAAAGGGGUUCGCGUGUUGGCCACUCCGACCUCUGAUCUUGGCAGGAUUUUGGCUUGCAUGCACGGUCUGGAGAUGGGAGGUGAGAUGAACAUAACAGCUGCGAUCCAAGUAGCUCAGUUGGCUCUUAAGCAUCGCCAAAACAAAAACCAACAGCAGCGGAUUAUAGUUUUUGCUGGGAGCCCUGUCAAAUAUGAAAAGAAGGUGUUGGAAACAAUUGGAAAGAAACUGAAAAAGAACAGUGUUGCUCUUGAUAUUGUUGAUUUCGGUGAAGAGGAUGAUGGGAAGCCAGAGAAGCUGGAGGCCCUUCUGUCUGCUGUUAAUAACAAUGACAGCAGUCAUAUAGUACAUGUCCCUCCUGGUCCAAAUGCUCUCUCUGAUGUUCUUAUAAGUACACCUGUAUUCACUGGCGAUGGAGAAGGAGGUAGUGGCUUUGCAGUGGCGGCAGCAGCAGCAACUGCGGCUGCUAUUGGUGGUGGUUCUGGCUACGAUUUUGGCGUAGAUCCCAAUAUUGAUCCUGAGCUCGCUCUUGCCCUUAGAGUUUCUAUGGAGGAGGAAAGGGCUAGGCAAGAAGCUGCUGCCAAAAGAGCUGCUGAAGAAGCUGGUAGACAAGAAAAAGGAGAGGAACCAUCAUCCAAAUCAGAGGAUAUAACCAUGACAGAUCAAGCCAAUGUUUCUUCUUCCAACGAGGAUAAGAAACUUACUGAUGAUGCGGUUGAUGAGAAUGACUUGCUGAAGGAGGCUCUUGCAAUGUCAAUGAAUAUCUCUGGAACUGGUCAUUCAGCAGGUGAUACCGAAAUGUCAGAGGCAACUAGUGGAGAUCAGGAGUUGGCUUUAGCUCUUCAAAUGUCCAUGCAGGAAAGUGCCGGAGAGCCCUCAUCCCAGUCCGAUGUCAGCAAGGUGUUGGAGGACCAGUCUUUUCUUUCUUCUAUCCUUGAAUCACUUCCGGGAGUUGACCCCAAUGAUCCUUCAGUGAAAGAUCUUCUUGCAUCUCUGAAGAAUCAGUCUGAGUCCCAACAAAAGGAUGAAGAAGAACCAUCAAACAAGGACAAAUGACAAUGUUACUAGAACGACUUUUGCAUCUUCGAAAAGCAUCUGUUUCCUGUGUCGCAGAUCAAUGAGUUAUUCGUUCCAAGGGAAGGCUUAUUUAUGUUGUGGGAAGAUGAUACAGAUGCUGAUUAGGAUUUCUGAGAUUAUGUUACAAGUUAAUCAAGUUAUGCUGCAUUUCAAUUCAUGUUUUUUGUAAUGUAAGCAAUGGGAUGAACUGUGACAAACUUCAUGGCGUCCUGUAUGGUUGUUUUAAUUGAUAAAAAGGGAGAGAAGAAAAGAACAAAUAGAUUUCCAGAUGCUUUAACUUUGCUCCAUCAUAAUUUGGUUGUUCUCAAUCAUUCAGCUGUUCAAUCAAAUUUACGCCAUCAUAUAACAGCUCA